AUGUAUGGAGGCAUUGUGCCUCAUUACAUCCAGCGGGAACUGGCAAGACUUCGCCAGGAGAAUCAGCUGUUGAGGUACAAAAUCGCCUCAGUGGCCAUGUCCCAGCCGAAGCGGUCGGCGGUGCGACAUCAGGCCACCCAAACGGCACCCGCCUUGACCUUCUCCACCGGUCGAGGACGCCAAUGGGUCGAUCCCUAUGAACAUAGCCAGAGGGACAACGAACGAGUUCCAGACUCCUUGUAA